CGCAGGGCGCCUGCGCGGCGGCGCCGGCAGUCACGUGGGCGGCGGUCGCGCGCGCGCAUUGGUGGGGGGCGUCUGUGAGGUCAGUUCCGGUGGCGGCGAAGCCGGCGGUGGGGCAGGCGGCAGUGCGGCCCCGCGCGAGAGCGAACCCGAGCGCCCGCCCGCCGCCGCCGCCGCCAUGGCCUCGCUGCUGAAGGUGGACCCGGAGGUGAAGCUCAAGGUUGACUCCUUUAGAGAGCGGAUCACAAGUGAGGCUGAAGAUUUGGUGGCAAAUUUUUUCCCAAAGAAGCUGUUGGAACUUGAUGGGUUCCUUAAGGAGCCUAUCCUGAAUAUUCAUGAUCUCACUCAGAUCCAUUCGGACAUGAACCUCCCAGUGCCUGACCCAAUUCUUCUCACAAACAGCCAUGAUGGACUGGAUGGGCCAAAUAUGAAAAAGAGGAAGCUGGAAGACCGUGAAGAGACCUUUCAGGGUACCAAAGUGUUUGUGAUGCCCAAUGGGAUGCUGAAGAGCAACCAGCAGCUGGUGGACAUCAUUGAGAAAGUGAAGCCAGAGAUCAGGCUGCUUAUUGAGAAGUGUAAUACGGUCAAAAUGUGGGUGCAACUUCUCAUCCCCAGAAUAGAGGAUGGAAACAACUUUGGUGUUUCUAUUCAGGAGGAAACAGUGGCUGAGCUUCGAACUGUGGAGAGUGAGGCUGCGUCCUACCUGGACCAGAUUUCUAGAUACUAUAUCACAAGAGCAAAGUUGGUUUCCAAAAUAGCUAAGUACCCUCAUGUGGAGGACUACCGCCGCACAGUGACAGAGAUCGAUGAGAAGGAGUACAUUAGUCUGCGUCUGAUCAUUUCAGAGCUGAGGAAUCAAUAUGUCACUUUGCAUGACAUGAUCCUUAAAAACAUUGAGAAGAUCAAGAGGCCUCGGAGCAGCAAUGCUGAGACCCUCUAUUAAGUGUCAACGUUUGAACUUGAGAACUGUUCAGUCAACUAAAGACCGUCAUUGCCUUGGUUUGUUACGUGACUAUCGAGAUGGGAAACUGGCUGGAAAUAGUAUCGCACUCUUAGUUAAACUCUAAAGAAAUUCUCACCUAGUUCUGUGAUUGGUUUUGUUCAGUCUCAGGAGCUCUCCCUCCCUCUAGUAACUGGUAAUGAGAAGGUCUCACUGCUUUGGGAUGCCCUGGAGGCUACUGUGGAGUUGAGAGCAUCAGCUGGGGAGGGACAUUCCUUCAUGCCUUUCUUCCUACCUGAGUAGGAACUAUGCUAGAGACCAAGCCCUUGUCCUGUCCUGUCUCUUGGCUGGAGGCUCCAUGGGUGUCUCUGGGAAUGGGGCAGACAGUCUGCAGUGUGAGACCAAGCCCAAGUGGUGAUGCAGUGGUUGAUAUGCCAGCGCUUUUCAGGACUGUCUCUAGCUGAUUCCUCUGCCCAUGCUCUGCACUGACCAAUUGUAAUGAAGAGGGAAUCUGUCCCUUCUAGGCUGGUGGCAGCAGCCGUGCUGCAGUGCCAUUGAGAGGUCUUCACUCUUCCUGGCUCUUCUCUUACUCAGUAGAGCCUGCCCCAUCUGUCUCCACCUUGUGAAUUAUAGCUAAAUCAGUGCAGAGUUGCAAGGUGGUGCUUUUAGCUAGGGCUGGCUGCUGUACUGGCUGGUCAUGACCUCAGGUGGCCUCUGCUCCUGUUUGCUACUUGACUAGAGCCACUUCCUUGGGUAAAACCAAUGUUACUUCACAUGUGUCCUAGUGCCCCUUUAGCGUGAGAUGUUUUUGCCCAGGUUGAGAGAGAGGAAGGGCUGGAGGUCUGAUACUAAAGCCCUAAUAGUCUCCACACACAGUUAGACUGUGACCUGCUGUCUCCUGGCAGUGCUUCCUGCUGUCUGGGCAGAGCAGGCCAGCUGCAACAGCUGGUCCUUGGAGAUGAGGAUGGCCAUAACCACAUGGUAUUGCAAACCUUGUAGUCUUUCUCCUGCAAAAGGGUACACUUGUGUGCCUGGUGACUCCUCUAAGCCUCUGGAACGUUUCAUGGUCCAUUACAAACCCCUUUGGAAAUGACUGUGUUGUGUCAGUUUUUAUGUGUGGGAAAUGGGCCCAUAACGCUGCAGGCUCCAAAAUUUUCUUAUUUAUAGUAUUUCUACUAAGUCCCUUAUUCAGGGAAUGUUAAAUCUUUUUUUUUUUUCUGGAACCUUGCUGUUUCCCGGGUCUCACUGUUACACCCGUAUAUUCUUAUUGUGCAGUAGCCUUAAUAGUUCUGUUAACUUCAUUGUAACAUACAGUGACAAAUGGAAUGAACUUUCUCCUUUUUUUUUUUUUCUUUUAAACUUUGUUUCUUCUGCUUCCACAUCUAAGAGCCAUGUUGUCUCUUGCUGGUUUCCCAGGGAUUUGCCCAGAGUAUGGAGGGCCCCUGGCCCUUUCUAUAGACUCUUUUGUUGUUGUUUGUAGUAAGUCAACUCUUAGUCUUCCCGCUAAUAAAUAUUCAGUAACAAACCAA